UUUCACAGAGAAACUGUCAUUGUCAGCAAGAAAAUUUUCUGCAAUCACUGUUCAAAGAUCUUUUCCAGCACAAGUUAAAAAAUCCAAAUUCUCAAAACCCAUUUCACCCUAUUAUCAGAGCCUAAAAGGGUCAUACUCAAACUGAAAGAUUGUGACACACACAAAAAAAGUUUAAACAUGGGAAAAGCUUCUAGGUGGUUAAAGGGGUUGUUUGGAUUGAAGAAAGAAAAGGAACAUAGUAACAAAUCAGGUCCAUUGGUUUUUGACAAGAAGGAGAAGAAAAGAUCAGGGAAAGAUGAUAAUCACAUUGAUUAUCAGAAUCACAUUCCUCAAACCAAUGCUGCAGCAUUUGAUGCUAAUGCUUGGUACAAAUCCUAUGUUGCUGAAAAACAGAAUGAGCAUAGAAAAAAUGCAAUUUUGCUGAGGUCAUUAAGCCAUGGAAGUGGCAGAUUGUUUUUUGGAAGCAGGGAGAAGUUGGCUGCUGUAAAGAUCCAAACUUUUUUCAGAGGCUAUUUGGCGCGAAAGGCUCUUAGAGCGCUAAAAGCACUUGUUAAGAUACAAGCUCUUGUUAGAGGAUACCUAGUUCGAAAAAGGGUUGCUGCAACACUUCACAGGAUGCAAGCACUCAUGAGAGCUCAAGCUGUUAUCCGGUCAAGGCGAGCUCGUAAUUCCAUCGACAAGGAGAACAUAUAUCAGUCAGAAAUCCGUGGGCGAAAACAUGUGCAAACAUUUGAUGAAACUAGAAAUGAACAACCCAAUAAAUGGCUUCCAAAUUCGUCAAGUAAAUUUGCUCCAAACCCGAAAAUUGUUGUGGUUGAUCCUCACAGGCCUCGUUCGAGAUCUACAAUGUCUGAAUCUGGAGAUGAUCUGCAUGAUUACUAUGAAGCAACAUCAUCCUCUCGUCCUUAUCCAAUUCCACGUCGAAUUUCAGUUCACGAAUGCCCAAAUUCUCAAGAUUUUGAUUGGUCCGUCGAUAAUGUCAACAAUGAACGUAAGCUAUACACGGCUCAUAGCACUCCUAGAUUAGCCAAUUUUACGCAAACUAAUACUCCGGAGAGGAGUGUUUCUGGAGAGACAGCCUUGUUCUUGCCUUACGCCAAUUUUCCUAACUACAUGGCUAAUACUCAUUCAUCUAAGGCAAGAGUAGUAAGGUCUCACAGUGCUCCCAAGCAAAGACCUGAGCUCAAGAAAAGGGUUCCAUUUGAUGAAAUCAUGGCCAAAAGAAAUAGCAUAAGUUGUGUUAGAAUGCAUUGGUAAUCCAAUCAAUAUAUUGUUUUGAUUAUGUUAUUUAAAGCUAGUUGGAAAAUCAAAAGGAA